AUGCAUCAACAUCCCCGCCAUCCUCCGGUGACGGCCUCGCCAGCCCUCUCAGAACAGACCAAUCCUACACGCACCAACAACUCAAGAGAUCGAGAUCCACGGUUCAGUACCCAAGGAUCAGGUUCCUCCGAAGACUUUGGCAGUCCGAGAUCAGAGCAGACUGAUCCAGGUGCUCAGAUGCAACGGCUGAACCAGGUCAUCCAGAACUUCUACGCAAAAGCUGCCCUCAUCAUCCUCCGGUCCCGAGUCGAGCUAGCACCGGCGUACUCGAAGAACACCGAUGCUGUGCGCUACAACAGGUGGUUCAACAUCGAAUUGCAAGAGACCGACGACUAUCGAGAUGACAUUAGGCGAUGGCGGAUGUGUGACAUCAAAGAUGACAGGCCACCACCACUACACAUCGAAGUCUUCCUAUGCACGGACUCGCUGCCGCAAGGCCAGCGACUCGUUAUCCUCGAUGAGGAUGGCAAGCGUUGGGAUGUUCUGAACGCGCUGGAGUCAUCAAGUGACGCUCGAGGGAAGCGGAAAGCUGCAGACUCGCAGGAGAUAGUACUGGAGCGAUGGACGAUCGAGCUCGGCGACCAGACUGCUGCUCUGCCGGCAGAUAUGGGUACAGUGCUGCCCCUAGUCUACAAGAAGAGCAUCGUCUUGUUCCGAGCAUUGUGGACCUACUGCAAUUAUCUACCUGCUUACAAACUCUCAAACAAGAUCGGCAAGAGCAGGUCGACAAUGGCGAUGAAGCUCGGCUACAGACUCGUCGAUGGCCAUUCCUCGCCAGCCUCAUCGCGAUCUGACAAUCUUGGCUUCGCUCUGACGGACAGCGCCAGCGAUGUCACAGCAGACUAUUCUUUUGGCGAGACUGAGUCGCCUGCAGCUCAUUCGGUGUACGAGCUGCUCAGCUCUCGUUUCCUUGGUGCAGACGAUGACCUCUUCCGACCGUCGAUGCCAGGUGAUGCAGAUAGGCGUGCGGAUGUUGGCUCAUUACCAACCCAUCGGCGAACGACUUCGUUUGAGCGACCAGAGCUCGGCCAUGCUUACGGCAGCUUAUCCACCUACCAUCAAGCUGGCAUUGCCACAGGGACGAGUCCCUUGUCUGCUCUCCGAGAUGCAAAGGACUACAGCACAGAGUCUCCACCCACUCCAGAGCAAAGACCUCCUCUGCCGCAGCAACAUUCCACCAUUUCAUCCAGGAACUCUUUGCGCGCUCAGGCUGCUGGGCGCAGAAGUUCAUUCAGCUUCCAGCCUUUCAAGCAGCCAACUCUGUCCGCAUCUCCUCUGGGCGUGUCUCCACUGGGCACUUCGCCAAGACUGGCUAGUGGACACGUUCCGACACUGGGGUCGUUGACAGAAGAAGCUCAUAAGCCAGCUCCGAACGCACCCGCCGUUGCAGCCAGGAAGCCAUCGUCUUUGACUGACCAAGCCGCUGUCUCUUUGAGCUCGAGCUCUACCAAGCCAGCACCUAUCACUCGUUAUAGCAGUAGCUUCUCACACCGUCGUGUCCGGCUGUCGUCUGGAGGCACAUCUACGAACAGAGCUGAUGAUGACCAGGACAGCAGUGGCAGAGCUAGUGCGGCUUCCUCUGCGCAGCCAGGUUCUGGCUUCCUCACAGAAGCUGCCACUGGACCUGCAUCUUCUGGCUCGAUGCAGGAGGAUGAUGAAUCGAUUCAAGACUUUCUUAAAUUGCUUGAUACGAAGAAAGACCUUCUUCACUCUACAACAGACGAUGCUUCGGCCGAAAGCAGCACGCGACGUACAGCUGCCGCUCUAAACCGCUUCCACCGUAUGAAGGACUCCAAUGCCGCCCUUAGUGACUCUAUGAACUCCUCACUAAUGCUGCAUCGCUCAUCUUCGUCGUCGUCACGACAGCUUUCGAGCGUUCCUGCCAUGGUAGCUGCUACAUCUGCGUCAACAUCCAGCUCUCCAGGCAAGCCGCUCUCUCCUCAUACACCUCACACGCCCUUUGCUCCCUCAAGAUUGAGCGCUGCAUACAGCCAUGACGACGAGCAGCAUCGCUUGACAAUCGAAGAAGAGCCUCCAUCGCCCUCAGAGACCGCUACUAGCGACACAGCGCAAGGUGCCCGUUCGAGCUCAAAUGUGCCAGCCAUUGACAUUCCGAACUCGCCGCGGCCGUACCUUGCAGCCUACCGCCGCUCCACUUCUGCACAACGUCGCCCUGCAAGCGAUGACAUGGGCGAUGUAUACCUCCGCAGCGCAAGCAUGGGCGCUCAGCAAGACCGUCGUGCUGGUGUGAGAUCAGACUCGCCAUUGCAACGGGCGGUCAACAUCGGCGACAACGACGAUGGUCAUGAUAGUGGCGAAGCAUUGUUGCGGCCACCGACAGAGGUCUCUCCGCGCCUCGCCGUAGCCCGGCCAGCGACGACUGGUUCCGCCGCCGCAAGAGUGCCUUCAGAUGGCACGACUGAGACCUCUUCGGCCCGAAUAUCUGCUGGCUUGGCAUACCGCACGCGCCAUCUCGGCCGUCGCGGGUCCGCCUCGUCUUCAGGGCGAAUGGCGUCCCCACUUCCGCCAACAGGAGACUCAACAUCAGCGAGCGCUACACAGCCGAACCCAACAGGUGGCAGUAGCGCUAACAUCGGCGGCAGCACCGACAAAUCCAUCGGCAGCACAGCAGACGUGUCAGACAGAAGCGCAAGCAGCAGCAGUCGCUUCAUUGGCAGCAGGAGACGCGCGGGGAGUAGACCCGAUUUUGGCAGCAGCACACACGCUCAUCCGAGAGGCAGUGCAGGGGAGGGAGAUGGCGGUGGAGGAGAUGAGGACUUCAUGCCUUUCGCAAUGGAAGGCAGUGGGUUUGGAAGUGGAGAAGGCAGUGCUGAGAAGAAGCACUGA